AUGUCUCUAGACUCUUUACCAACGGAGCUUCUGUGCAACAUCCUGUGCCGUUUGGAUCCGAUCGGCCUGAUCUCGCGGAGACACUUUGUCGAGAGACUCCUAGCCCUCGAGGCUGACCCUCGGCAUGGCGGGCCUCCGCUCAGUUUCCGGUCGCGGGACAACCACUUGGAUCCCGGGACCUCGGAGUCGGGGUGGGAUGCCAUGCGCUGGGCAUGCACCCAGUGCAUGCGCCUCCGCCCGCACACGGCCUUUGGGAACCACGCGCUCUUGCGCCUACGCUACCGGAAGCCCCGCCGGGAGUCCUAG